AGCUUUGAAGCGCAAACAUGGCGAGCAAUUCCACUGAUGGUGGCUCCAGUGCCUGAUUUCGAGCUCGCCGAAAAUGCCGCGGAGGCCGAGUCCACCAAACCGGCGGCCCCGAAAUGGUCGAUGCCAAGGGCAGGUCGCGAAGACGCCAAGAAGGUGCUCGUGUCAAAGAAACACUUGCUGGACUGCCUUGGCACCCAUUCGCCGGGGCCUGGCGCCUACACGCCACAGCGGCAACGGAAGAGCCCGAGCUGCAGCUUCGGGACUGGCCAGCGGCCCUGCUCUGCUCCCGCGUCCCGCGCGCGAGCUUCGUGCCGCGCUUUGCUGGCGGAGAUCGGACGGCCGAAGGAGGCGGAUCUCCUGCCGCGGCCCGGGUCGGCGGUCAUGGGCCGCGCCUCCAGGAACGUGGUGCCGCUGCAGCCAGAUCUGCAGAUCUCCGGUGCGCAGGACUCGCCGGGCCCUUGCUACAACCCCAAAGUGGGAGGAAUCGGAACUCAGCCCGGCUACUCCAUCAGGUCGCGCCCAGCAGGGUCCACGUCGCAGAGCAAAGUGGGCCCUGGCUCCUACCCGGUGCACCGACCAGAACACUUAAGAAGCCGGUCCACUUGGCCCACCGGCCCGCGGUGGACAAUGCCUCGCCAAGAUCGUUGGCAGCGGUCACGGCAACGAUCUGCAGCAACCACCAGGCCUUCUGAGAGCCGGCGGGACGCUUGCGCGACUUGCGCUCCGCCCGCCUUCAGCUUCGGCCGGGCGAAGCGGGAGAUGGCUGCGAGCCGGCAAAGGUCGGAUCUCCGCAUUCCGUGCCCUGAGCUGCCGGAGUCACUGGACCGGCCCUUGCGGCCCUUCCAUGAAGAGGUCAAAACCAUGCCGGGCGGCAACCACUGAGCUGAGCGCUGGCCAUCCGGUAACCCCCCCACCCCCA